UUGAACAUCUCCAGUUUUUCCUAAUAUCCAACAUCAACCUCCCCUGGUGCAACUUUCAUCCCAUCUCUACUUACCAGGGAAAGGAUGCCGACCCCCAUCAACAGAUGUUUAAGUGACAACUGCAGCUCAGUAGGAGCACUGUUUGCACUGCUUUCCUAAUAGCUGGCACUUCAGCCCCUUUUGCAGUGCCAAAUUGCUCACUUCUGCUAGGAAAUCAAAUGGAAUUGGGGAAGGAUAUGCUAUAAUUAGAGUUGUAACCCUUCUGCUGAGUUUGGGGGUGCUGAGUGAAUCUCUAGAGGGCUGAGCCAGCACAAGCCUUGUUAAAACCAUGCUAUCCAGAAGAGCUUGGAUCUGUUCAUUAUCUAUUUGAUAGGCUUAAUCCUGGAGAAUGCAGAAGCCUGCCAGAGUCCUCCUGUAAAUCAGGCCCAUUCUUUGCACAUCCUUCCUAUCUCACUGGCGAACGUGACACUUGGCCAUGGUGUCACUGCUGCAGAUGUAACCUCUGGUGUUAGGAAUGGACAGCAACCUCUCCACAGCUGAAUCCCCACUGUGCAUCAGCUUGAGAUGAAGAGGCAGCUGGUGGGACUUGGAUGCCAUGGGAGCUGCCAAUCACUCUCUCAUAAAGAUAUUUUGGAUAUGUAGAGCACCUAAUAAACUUCUGUUUAGCAGCUUCCCUGGGGCAGAGGGGCAGCGAGUAAUAUUCCCUCAUUAGCAGGUGGAAUGUGAUAUGGAAUGUUGGUUUGAUUCCAGUUGGGGCUUGGAACUAGAUGAUGUUAAGGGUCUCUUCCAACCCAAACCAUUCUCGUUCUCAAAAACUUGUUCCUUACAACUGCCUGAAAGCUCCCAGGGGAGGUGGUGGAGUCACCAUGCCUGGAGAUGUUCAAGAAAAGGGCAGGUGUGGCACUGAGGGAUAUGGUUAGUGGGCAUGGUGAGGAUAAGUUGAUAGUUGGACCGGAUGAUCUUAGAGGUCUUUUCCAGCCUUAAUGAUUCUAUGAUUCAAUCACAAAAUCCUCCUCCUUUUCUGAGUUACCUACAGACUACACUGUGAAUUUCAGUUAGACUUUUACUGCUCGAGAUGCAAGAAUUGCUUCCUGUCUCCUCAUAUCUUCCCUUUGACCCUCUCUGAUACUCCAGCUGCUGCAACAGCCAUGUUGCAGGCAGAGUGAAUUCAUGUUCUCACCUCUGCUUUCAUUCUGGAAAGUCAUUAACGUGAAAUUGCCAAGCAGAGAAGCUCCAGAGAGUUUAACGUGGCUACUUUAUAUUGCUGUUAGGAGUGUCUGGAAUUGAAAAUAAACCUGGGUUUGCAACUCUUGACUGUUUCAUCAUAAAUCCAAGCUUCCUUAUGUGCUUCUCUUUGCUGAAGAAGAUGACUGUAUUUCUGCCUUUACAAAGAUGUUGUGCAUCGAGCUGAGAGCCACAGCUGCACAGAAGCUGGCUGAUGUUUAUUUGCAGGCUUUCACUUGCUGGCUUUUUUUUUUUUUUUCUUUUUUCUUUUUUGUUUGUUUGUUUUUUUUCGUGCAGAUGAUCCCCAGAGGAAGCAACCCUAACAUGAGCGUGGUUUUGUGAUGUUUUUGUUGGUAUUCCACAUCAUAACACCAUGCAAAGCACUGGGAGUUAAAGAGUUAAUGUUCUGGUUCUGUUAACCGUCGUUUCUGGGUGCUUUGUUCUGGAAGAGGCAGGGGAGGGGAUUCAUGCCCCAGAGGACAUUUUGCCCAGAUGAAAGGUGGAGGUCCUGGCAGCUCACCAGCUCCUCUCGUUGUUCCCCACCGAGGAGCACACCAGGUUUUAGACUGUUAACAAUUGAUGACAACUUCUGUGGCCUGGAUAUGAAUGCCCCCUUGGGAGUAUCAUCUAUGGUGCGAGGGCUCCCCAUUUACACUGAAGAUGGAGACAGAAUGACAUCUGUGAUUGCUUAUGUCUACAAGAACCACUCCCUAGCUUUUGUGGGAACCAAGAGUGGAAAGCUCAAGAAGAUCCGUGUGGAUGGCACCACCAAGAACACACUGGAGUAUGAGAUAGUGCAGGUGGUGGACAAUGGCCCCAUCUUAAGGGACAUGGCCUUCUCAAUGGAUCAUGAACACCUCUAUAUCAUGUCUGAGAAGCAGCUCACCCGGGUGCCUGUGGAAUCCUGCAGCCAAUACGAGACCUGCAGCGAGUGCUUGGGCUCAGGAGACCCUCACUGUGGGUGGUGCGUGCUUCACAACACGUGCACAAGGAAGGAGCGGUGUGAGCGCUCCAGUGAGCCUCGGAGAUUCGCCUCGGAGAUGAAGCAGUGUGUCCGGCUGACUGUGCAUCCCAACAACAUCUCUGUCUCCCAGUACAAUGUAUUGCUGGUCUUGGAGACCUACAAUGUCCCUGAGCUGUCAGCAGGAGUCAACUGCACCUUCGAGGACCUGUCAGAGAUGGAUGGCUUGGUAGUGGGCAGUCAGAUCCAGUGCAUCUCACCAGCUGCCAAAGAGGUGCCCCAGAUCAUCACAGAGAAUGGAGACCAUCACAUAGUCCAGCUCCAGCUCAAGUCCAAGGAAACGGGUAUGACCUUUGCCAGCACCAGCUUCGUCUUCUACAACUGCAGUGUUCACAAUUCGUGUCUGUCAUGUGUGGAGAGCCCUUACCGGUGCCACUGGUGCAAGUACCGCCACGUCUGCACUCAUGAUCCCAGCACCUGCUCCUUCCAGGAGGGACGAGUCAAGCUGCCUGAGGACUGCCCACAGCUGCUGCAGGCUGAGAAGAUCCUGGUGCCAGUGGAAGUGAUCAAACCGAUCACGCUGAAGGCCAAAAACCUGCCCCAGCCACAGUCUGGCCAGCGAGGCUACGAAUGCAUCUUGAACAUCCAGGGCAAUGAGCAGCGGGUGCCCGCCUUGAGGUUCAACAGCUCCAGCGUGCAGUGCCAGAACACUUCGUAUUCGUACGAAGGAAUGGAGAUUAACAGCCUGCCAGUGGAGCUGACCGUCGUAUGGAACGGGAAUUUCAACAUUGACAACCCAGCACAGAACAAAGUUCAUCUGUACAAGUGUGGGGCCAUGCGGGACAGCUGUGGCCUGUGCCUGAAAGCCGACCCGGACUUCGAGUGUGGCUGGUGUGAGGGGCAGAACCAGUGCACGCUGAAGCAGCACUGCCCGGCCCAGGACAGCCAAUGGCUGGAGUUGUCCAGCACCAAAGGCAAAUGUACCAACCCCAAGAUCACAGAUAUCAACCCAGUGACAGGCCCUCGUGAAGGAGGGACUAAAGUGACCAUCCGUGGGGAGAACCUGGGGCUGGAGUUCAGAGACAUUGCAUCUCAUGUUAAAGUGGCUGGAGUGGAGUGCAAACCACUGGUGGAAGGGUACAUCCCAGCAGAGCAGAUAGUAUGUGAGAUGGGGGAAGCCAAGCCCAGCCAGCACGCUGGAUUUGUGGAGAUUUGUGUGGCUGAGUGCAAACCAGAGUUCAUGGCCAGGUCUUCACAGCUCUACUACUUUAUGACUCUGACACUCUCUGAUCUCAAGCCGAAGCGGGGACCUGUAUCAGGUGGCACUCAGGUGACAAUUACGGGUAAUAACCUCAAUGCAGGCAGCAACGUCAUCGUGACCUUUGGGCGACAACCUUGCCUCUUCUACAGGAGAUCCACCAAGCACAUCGUCUGUAACACCACAGCCUCAGAUGAAGGCUUUGAGAAGGUGAAGGUGUCUGUGAGAGUGGACAAGGCCAAGAUACAUCAGGAGCUGCAGUAUGAAUAUGUGGAGGAUCCAACCAUCCUGAGGAUUGAGCCUGAGUGGAGCAUCUUCAGUGGCAACACACCCAUUGCAGUGUGGGGAACUCACCUAGACCUGAUCCAGAACCCUCAGAUCCGGGCAAAACAUGGUGGAAAGGAGCAUGUAAAUAACUGUGAGGUGCAGAACAGUACAGAGAUGACCUGCCAGGCUCCCGCGCUGGCUGUUGACCCCAAUCACCAAUCUGAGCUAGCUGAGCGUCCAGAGGAGUUUGGCUUCAUUCUCGACAAUGUGCAAUCCUUGCUGAUCCUCAACAAAACCAAUUUCACCUACUAUCCAAACCCUAUCUUUGAGGUUUUCAAUCCCUCAGGGAUCUUGGAGUUGAAGCCAGGAAGUCCAAUCAUACUGAAGGGCAAGAACCUGAUCCCACCAGUGGCAGGAGGGAAUGCCAAGCUGAACUACACAGUUCUGGUUGGUGAGAAGCCCUGUGUGGUGACUGUAUCAGAUGUGCAAUUACUGUGCGAGUCCCCAAACCUCAUUGGGAGGCACAAGGUGAUGGCUCGUGUAGGAGGGAUGGAAUUCUCCCCAGGGAUGGUCUACAUCUCUCCAGACAGCCCUCUCAGCUUGCCAGCUAUUGUCAGCAUUGCAGUGGCAGGUGGCCUGCUCAUCAUCUUCAUUGUGGCCGUGCUGAUUGCCUACAAGCGCAAGUCCCGAGAGAGUGACUUGACCCUCAAACGCCUGCAGAUGCAGAUGGAUAACCUGGAGUCCAGGGUGGCACUUGAGUGCAAAGAAGCUUUUGCAGAGCUGCAGACGGAUAUUCAUGAGCUGACAAGUGACCUGGAUGGAGCAGGGAUCCCUUUCCUCGAUUACCGAACCUACACCAUGAGGGUGCUUUUCCCUGGCAUUGAAGAUCACCCAGUCCUGAGAGAUCUGGAGGUCCCUGGCUAUAGGCAAGAACGGGUGGAGAAAGGCCUCAAACUCUUUGCACAGCUCAUCAACAACAAGGUUUUCCUGCUGUCCUUCAUCCGCACGCUGGAGUCCCAGCGCAGCUUCUCCAUGCGCGAUCGUGGCAACGUGGCCUCGCUGAUCAUGACAGUGUUACAGAGCAAGCUGGAGUAUGCUACUGAUGUCCUCAAGCAGCUCUUGGCUGACCUCAUAGACAAAAAUCUGGAAAGCAAGAACCACCCCAAGCUGCUUCUCCGCAGGACAGAGUCUGUAGCUGAGAAAAUGCUCACCAAUUGGUUCACCUUUCUUCUGUACAAGUUUCUCAAGGAGUGUGCUGGUGAACCUCUGUUCUCCCUCUUCUGUGCCAUCAAGCAGCAGAUGGAAAAGGGUCCCAUUGACUCAAUCACUGGGGAGGCCCGGUACUCACUGAGUGAGGACAAGCUUAUCCGACAGCAGAUUGAUUACAAAACAUUGGUCCUGAGCUGUGUGAACCCUGACAACGUGAACAGCUCCGAGAUCCCUGUGAAGAUCCUGAACUGUGACACCAUCACACAGGUCAAGGAGAAGAUCCUCGAUGCCAUCUUCAAGAACGUGCCCUGUUCCCACCGGCCCAAAGCUGCUGAUAUGGACCUGGAGUGGCGGCAGGCAAGUGGGGCAAGGAUGAUCCUCCAGGAUGAAGACAUCACGACUAAGAUAGAGAAUGACUGGAAGAGACUCAACACGCUGGCACACUAUCAGGUGCCAGAUGGAUCUGUGGUAGCUUUAGUCUCCAAGCAAGUCACUGCCUACAAUGCAGUCAACAACUCCACAGUCUCCAGAACCUCAGCCAGCAAAUAUGAAAACAUGAUCCGUUACACAGGCAGCCCAGACAGCCUCCGCUCCCGCACACCCAUGAUCACUCCUGACCUUGAGAGUGGAGUCAAGAUGUGGCACUUGGUGAAGAACCAUGAACAUGGCGACCAAAAAGAAGGUGACCGAGGCAGCAAGAUGGUUUCUGAGAUCUACCUGACAAGGCUACUCGCCACCAAGGGCACUCUCCAGAAAUUUGUAGAUGACCUCUUUGAGACCAUCUUCAGCACAGCUCAUCGUGGCAGUGCACUUCCCCUGGCUAUCAAAUAUAUGUUUGACUUCCUGGAUGAGCAAGCUGACAAGCACAACAUCCAUGACCCCCACGUGCGGCAUACUUGGAAGAGCAAUUGCCUGCCAUUACGGUUCUGGGUUAACAUGAUCAAGAACCCACAGUUUGUCUUCGACAUUCACAAGAACAGCAUCACAGAUGCCUGCCUCUCUGUAGUGGCUCAGACAUUCAUGGACUCCUGUUCAACCUCAGAGCAUCGUCUGGGCAAAGACUCACCCUCCAAUAAGCUUCUGUAUGCCAAGGACAUCCCCAGCUACAAGAACUGGGUGGAAAGGUACUAUUCAGACAUUGCUAAAAUGCCAGCAAUCAGUGACCAGGACAUGAAUGCAUACUUGGCUGAGCAGUCUCGCAUGCAUAUGAAUGAGUUCAACACUAUGAGUGCACUCUCGGAAAUAUACUCCUACGUUGGCAAGUACAGUGAGGAGAUUCUCGGAGCCCUUGAUCAAGAUGACCAAGCUGGGAAACAGAAACUUGCCUACAAACUUGAACAAGUCAUAACCCUCAUGAGCAUAGACAGCUGAGAACUGUCCUGCCAGGGACACCCUGGGAGGGAUAAACCAAGUCGUGCCUCACUCAAGAUCAUCAUCUUUACCAAGUGCAAGUUUUGAUUGGCUGUAAGCAGAGUCACCUGAACAGCACUCCUCUCUCUCUCUCAUUUCUUUCUCUUUCAAAAUCUGUGGACAAAGUGAGAAAUCCCCAGGGGUUAAAAGAAAAGAUUGCAGAGGAAUCUUAGCUCUGGGGAUAUCAAGACAUUCAGGUGAAGCUCUCAUUUUCACAGCUUCCCCUCUGCCUUUAUUCUACAAAAGAAAAAAAAAGAACAAUUCCACAGAAACAAAACAAGACAAAACAAAACCCUCCCCCAGCAUCACCUCAUCACUCUGCAGAUGGGAAAUCGAGAGGUCACCUCUGUCAUGCUGCUUUAACUGCCCUCCUGGGGAUGUAGCCUCUGGAGUGGACAUAGAAAUGAACUCAGUAUUACUAAAUGUCUCCCCAACGGGAAGGCAGCCUGCCUGCAGGGAUCCUGAAGGGUAGGAGGAAAUCAAGAUCCUCUCCUGCAGAGCCAUUGCAACUCUAUCUCUUGAUAGGGACCCACUGGGAGAGGAACACCAAGGCUCCCUGCAAAAUGCCACAGCUCCGUCCAGAGUGGGAACAUUGUGGCUCUUAUCUGCCUGGGCAAACAGCGGUGUAGUUGCUCUCUUGGGGCAGUAGAAGGGUCAAGAAGGGAGGAUGGAGACCAACAGUCUCCUGCCCGUGUGAUUCAUAUGGUUAUUCUUAUUUUUCCAAGAGACCUGUGUUCCCCUCCGUCUUUCCCAUUGUGUCCUGUUGGUUGUAGCACUGCUGCAAAAAUGCUCUCUCUUCUCAGUGGCAUCCCAUUGGUGGUGUUUCUGUUCCUUCUGGCAAUGGACAGCACAGCAUCUCCUUUGUCCCCACCUCAGCUUGGAAAGCAGGAACCACAAGUCUCGCUUUGUUCCAGACAAGGAGCGUGGCCUCAAAAACCAACCAGAGGGUUUUUUUUUUAAAGCUGUUUGUUCUUUUCAUUUUAUUUCCACAACUGAAACAAAGCUAUUGGGUUUUUUUUGGUGGAAUAUCAGAAGGAUAUUAAAGGGCUUGCUGUGAAGCAAGAUAGUGCAUAGGACUGAUGGUAGAAACUUCCUUCAAAGCCACUCUGAAGAGGAAAUAUCAUCACAUAGUUUGGAAGGAAAUCUUGGAAGAAGCCCAAACGAAACACUGCAAAAUUUUCUUCCAUCUAGAUACUCCAAGUCAAACUGCAUGUUUUCUGGAGAUCCGCAAACUAUUGUAAGCUCAUUUGCCUUUUGGUGCCAACUCCUGGCCCUUGCUCUUUUCCAUUCUGGAACCAGCAGGCCUUGUUGAAGGCACAGUUGCUGACUGUGAUGUGUUUGCUCUCUCUUUGCACUUCCUAUCUUUUCAGAGAUCAUUGUCAUCACAGGACAAGGAUGGGUGAUCACCUUGUUCUUUCCUCUGUUUGGCUCCUCCAGAAGAUCUACAUCUCAAUCUAUUUCAAUGCCAACCAAAUAGGAAUGAGCUCCUGCAUCCCUUCUGCAUUUGGCUAGUUUCUCCUGCAGCUGCUGGCUGUUUAACACUGUGGUUCGAUGCAGUGGGAGAACCAUUGCCGCAGAGCCUUGAGGGAACUGGAAAACCUUGGAUCUGGUAUACCACAGAGGCAGAAGCCAGGUCUGUGUUGAUCUCACCUGAAUGGUGCUCACUAGCAAGCGGAGGAUUGGCAUCGCGCAAUGAAGAAUCAGUCCUCAUCCAUCUUUCACCAUCCUUCAAGCUACAGCCUUGGUUUACUUUGCAUCUGGGUAGAUGAAGGGGUAAAGACAGGGUGUGUAAAUUGAUUGUGGAACAAGUGUAUUUGGUUUUGUUCAUGCCUCUUGCUAGCAAGCCUGAACUUCUUCAGAGCAAUGGCUCAUAAGUGUGUGUAAAGGAGGAAGUGGUGCAAGCAGGGGUCAGAUAGCAAGCAGAUUUAAUUCAGUCAAACAUACACAUGUAAGCAAGUCUUUCUAAAACCAUUUAAAGAACAGCAGUCCAAAAUUGGGUGCAUGUGUGGGGGGAGAAUAUCACAAGAUUCAUAUUGAAACAGCAAACUUAGGGACACGUCUUGGUUUUAAAACCCCAGACAUUUCUCUCUUGAUUAUAAUUAUUAUUAUUUUGUGCGUGUGCGUGUGUGUAUCUGUGUGCGCGUGUGCGUUAUUUCCUUUUUAAUUUUGCUUGCUUUCUGUUUGAUCGCUGAGCUGAUGGACUCAUCAUGCACCUUAUGGACAUCUCAGCAUUUUUAAGAGGCCUGCGCAACGGGGAUGGUUUGGUUUGGUUGGCUCUGCCAUGGUUUUGUUGAUCCAUUUUGUAAUGUUGGGGCAUGUUCCAGAUCCAUUGAUUAUGGCUGUGAAAGUGGGGUAAAUGUCCCACCAGAGCCAGCAGUAAGAAAACUGCAACAACAACACAAACACAAUAUUUUUUAUAAGUACAUAAAAACGAAAAUUAAAAAAA